CCACGGAACAGACCUUGUUAUUAUCGUGUCACUCUUUUACUACCUCCAACAUGAAGUUGAUCUUUUACUGUAUACUCACUGGCGCUGCUUACGCCUUCCCUGGCAUGCGGGACUUGCAGGCUAAAAUACUCCAACGCCAAUCUGCAAACGAGGAACUUGUUGGCGACCUCACCAUACUUGCAGACUCUGACCUCACCUCCACAGGCCGGUUAGUUAAGGGGAUCCUGACUGGGUCCGACAACCCGCAGGAGCUGACGGCAGUAUACUCUGCCGUUCCAGACAAGGAUUCACCCGAGUGCAAGGCGGACACAUGCUGUAUAUGGAAGCAUAUUGCUGACGACAUGGCCUCGAAGAUGAAAGGCACAGCGGGACGUUGCAACGGCCUGGCACGGCAGGCAGUGAGAAUGGGAUUCCAUGACGCGGCAACCUGGUCUAAAGGAACCGGAGAAGGUGGAGGGUCUGACGGGUCAUUGAUACUGGCACGCGAAUGCUGGGAUCGUGACAUCAACAAGGGGAUAGAGAGCGGGUGCCAGCAACUUCAGGAGUUGCACGAAAAAUACAAGUCUCAUGGUGUCAGCAUGGCAGACAUGAUUCAGAUGGCUGCGAAUGUGGCGACGGUGACUUGCCCUCUCGGGCCUCGCGUCCGCUCCUUUGUUGGACGCAAAGACUCCUCCAACCAAGCACCAGAUGGCUUGCUCCCGUCUCCAUUCGAUAGCGCCGACAGACUUAUCGAGCUGUUCAGUAACAAGACCAUUUCGGCGCGUGAGCUUGCCGCGCUUGUCGGCGCACAUACGACCAGCCAGCAGUUUUUUGUGGACCCGAAUCGCGCGGGCGACCCGCAGGACAGUACCCCAGGUGUUUGGGACGUGGAGUUUUAUGGGCAGACCACGGAUCCAAAUGCACCGAAGAGAGUCUUCAAGUUUCAGAGUGAUGUGAAUUUGAGCAAGGAUGAGAGAACCAAGGGGGCUUGGACAGCGUUCUCGGGCCCAACAGGACAGGCGCCCUGGAACUCGGCUUACGCACGCGCUUAUAUUCGUCUGAGCCUGCUUGGCGUGAGUAAUAUUAACAACCUCACCGAGUGCACAAAGGCGCUCCCAUUGCCGGUUACAUCCUUCACCUCGCCUGACAAAGAGAAGCUCGACGAGUUCGCAAAUGGCGGACUGGCAAGCGCAGUGGAAAGCGUUUCGCAAGGUAACAUUGUUGGCUAAUCGGCUCUUAUAACGGGCCGUAUUAGCUAGCUUCGGGUGUCUUUACGGUAUUGCUUGCGGGUAUCAUGCAAUGCUGAGUUAGGCCACAAGAAUUGAUUCUGGGGUGCUCUGCCUCUAGUUAAGCAUCUCGCGAUACCUAUCUAGGC